AUGGGUGGAGGACUUGUAGCAGAUGAUUUCAGAACUGGUCCAUCCGAGGUUAAAUCGACACAUGAAAGAACCAUCCUAGGAGAAACUAAGUUCCUGUCAAAAGCAAGAGGGAGAUUCAUUACAAAGGAGUGUAAGCUACAUAAAUCCGAGCUACCAAAUGGUCUGACCAUCAAUGUUAUUGAUACUCCUGGUCUGUUUAGUGCUUCCUCGACUACAGAAUUUACAAGCAGAGAAAUCAUUAGAUGCUUAUGUCUGGCUAGAGAUGGAAUUGAUGCAGUGCUUCUGGUUUUCUCGGUGAGGAAUAGAUUAACAGAAGAGGAACAAUCAACGCUUCAUACGUUAAAGAUAUUAUUAGGAAGGCAAAUAGUGGAUCAUAUAAUCGUUGUUUUCACCAAUGGGGAUGCACUUGAUGCUGGAGACACCCUGGAGGACUAUUUGCAGGACUGUCCUGAGUUUCGGGAAAUUCUAAAGGAAUGUGAUGAGCGUAAGGUGUUGUUUGACAAUAGAAGUGACAUCCCUGAAAGCAAGAAAGAGAAGCAAGUCCAGGAUCUUCUCAACCUCGUCCAACAAAUCUCAAACAAGAACAAUGAGAGAUCAUAUAUGGCUGACUUAUCACUUGAGCUAAGAGAGAAUGAGGCCGCAUUCCAGGAUCAACAGAAGCAGAUUGAAGCAAUGAAGAGCUUGUCAUUUAAGAACGAGACUACUCUGCUGAAGGAGUUGGAGAAGUCAUAUAAGGAAAUGCUCAAGGGAAUGGAAGAGAAGGCAGAAGCUAAAAGAGAAGAAGCUGAGAGAAAGAUGAAGGAUAUUCAGAAUCAAUCGGGUGAUGAGAUCAGGAAGCUGAGAGAACAGCUUGACGAGGCUAUGGCAGAGACUGCUUCCUUGCGUGCCAAGCUCGACAGUAAAAAGUGCACUAUUCUGUGA